GGUGCAGGCUUGCUGAUUGGCCAUCCGUUGGAUACGGUUAAGGCUCGAUUGCAAACCGUUAGCACCUAUGGUGGAAUGGUUGAUUGCUUACGAAAAACAAUACGUCAUGAAUCGGUGAGCAGAUUUCAUCAAUUUUAUCUGCCGAAUGCGUAUAGUCAUUGCUCCCUCUACCCCUAG